AACGCCUCUUCGCCCGCCCGCCUCGCCCGCCAAAAUCUGCCCCAUGGGGGCACAGAGAGAGGUCUGGGAGCGGGGUGGUAAAAGCAGGGGGGCCCUGAGAAGCGCCAGAAGGAGCCCUAAUUAGGCAGGGGUGACCCAGGUGAGCAGGACUGAGGUGGAGGAGGCACAGGAGGGACCCUGGGGAGGCACCUGGCCCAGCCUGCAGGUCCGGCACAGCUUUCUGAAAAAAGCGCACACGGGGCUGGAAUAGGAAGGACAACGUUCAGGCUAAAGGAGGGAAAGGGAGCCCCAGACAACGGGGUGAGCCUAUGGCCGGGCUGGGUGCAAGAGAUGGAGAGCAUGGCCCCCCCCGGGGAAGGAAGGAAGUUUAAUCUGGGUGUGCCGGGAAGGUCGGGGCCAAGUCGGGAGAGGAACUUCCUCCUAAGGACCAGAGUCAUCUAAGUUUUCCAAACAGAGGAGGGAUGUACAUGGUCUGGUUGGCAUUCUAGAACAAUCCUCGAACGGGGGAUGGAGAGAAGGGGGUGGACUAGAUAGCUGGAGAAGCUUAAUGAGAAGUAGAAGGACAGGCUUCUUGAUGGGUCCAGUUGGGAGGCAGAAGCGGGGGGGUCAGGGAAGCCUCCCAGGCCUCCAGUUUGGGCACCGGGGACUUGGGGGUGCCAUGCUCCAUGCUGGGGAGCUCAGGACCUUGGUCCGUUUGACGGGAAGAUAUUCCUGGUUGGGGUCCUGGAUCCCUCAGCCAGCUGCGGCAUUUCCUCUCUGGUCACCUCAGCUCAGGGCCACAGUAGAGAAUUCCGAUCCUGAGCGGACUGCCCAUUCCAGACCAGCUCCAAGGGGGAGAGGGGCGGGCUCAGAGAGUCCCAGGGGGCUUAGGCCAGAGCCGGGCCAGAAACUGGAGCUCCUCACCCCUUCGCCCCCCUCCUUAGUGGCUCUUUACCUUGCCCAUCACGUUUCCUAUCCAUUUUGUAAAGAAAAGAGAAGACAGAGACCCAGAGGGAGCAGGGGGAUUGGCCGAAGUAACGUGAGUCAGGGACAGAGCUGGAGGUGCACUCAGAUGCCCCUCGGGGCCUGGAGCCAUUGCGGGGGCGGGGGGGUGCAGCCCACACGUGCACACAGACUCAGAGAAGCUGCGCAGGUGAGGAGAGGAUGGGCUUGGUGCUGUCCCCAGGUCAUAUAUGGGCUUGGGAGCUGCUGCCCAGCAGGCUGGCCUGGAAGGAGAGGGGCCAAACCCGGCCAGGAUCCAGCUGGAAAGUGUGACUCAGCUGUGUUGUUGCUCAAAUUGCCUGGUGUUUGGCCUGUCACUAGGGCAGCUGGAGCCCUGAGCCGUGAGUCCCAGUGUCAACAAUGGCUUUAUAAGGUCUCCAGGGAAGACACCAGGGGUGGGAAGGAGUUCCACAUGGGGGGUGAGGGGGAGGCUGGGAUCCCUGGGGAGAUAGCCACAGCUGGGAAAACAAGCCCACUCUGGGGCAGGGCUGACCCCAGGGGCACACAGCGCAUCACCCACAGAGUCAGGAACUUCUCACUCAUCCUAAGUGCUUCCAAGGUUUCAAAUGAGGUCGAGAAUGACUAUUCCAUUGCUAUAAAAAUGGGGAAACUGAGUCACAGAACAGGGCAGGGCUUUGUCUAGCAUCCACAGCUGGUCAGGAAUAGAGCCUGGCCGGAAGCAAAGGUCGCCUUCCUCCCAGGCUGCUUCUCAGAGGGAGUGCAGUGAGCUGGGCGCAGGCCUCAGCCCUGCCAUGGUCCCAGGUUUGACCUUGAAGACACAAGAAAGGCGGUGUAUGGCACCCCCGGGAAAGGAAGUUUAAUCUGGGCGUGAGGGGAAGGUGGGGGCCAUGGUCCGGAGAGGAACUUCUUCCUCCUAAGGACCAGAGUCAUCAAAGUUUUCCAAACAGGAGGGAUGUACAGGGUCUGGUUGGCAUUCUAGAACAAUCCUCGAACGGGGGAUGGAGAGCAAGGGGGUGGACUAGAUAGCUGGAGAAGCUCAAUGAGAAGUAGGACAGGCUUCUUGAUGGAUCCAGUUGGGGAGGCAGAACGGGGGUGGGGGUCAGGGAAGCCACCCAGGCCUCCAGUUUUAGGCACUGGGGACUUGGGGGUGCCAUGCUCCAUGCUGGGGAGCUCAGGACCUUGGUGUCUUGGGAACAGGGGCACUUCCUGCCUGUAUGCCUUCCCGGCCUAGGGAAACUCACGCAACCCUGGCUGAGUGCUUACUGUAUGCCCGGCGUGGCAGAUGGGAGGGAGAAAGGCAGAGGCGGACUUGCUCUGGGAGAGGAGGGAAGGGGGAACCAGGGCGCAAACUACAGCCUUAGAGGUUUGAGGCUGUCGGUUGCUUAGUAGCUGCAGCCAACUCACCCCAGAGUAGGGCAAGGGCUCCUGCUGUAAGGAAGAGGGGGCUCCAGGCAGGUGCCAACACCCUGGGCCCCAUCAGGCCUAGCCCUGCACUUAAUGGGGCUUAAAACAAAGGAUUCUCAGUGAUUCGGACUCCCUGUCAGUAAAGAGCGCCAACACUCUGGAAGAUGGACAGAGGGUGGUCCCGCCCCCUGAGCGUGAUGUAGAUGGUCUUGUCUGUAUUGAUUGGAACCCUCAUCUGCCUUCUCGUCCUACCAAAGGGGGUGAUAAGGGUUAAAGAACUGCCCCUCCCCCUCCAACCCACAUUCCUCCCUGGCCAUCUCUCACAGCAGGGUUGUCCCCUGGGGCAAGGACAGGGCUUGGAGGGGUGGUGUGCCUUCAGCCCUGCAGGAAGUACCAGGCCAGAGAACUGGCACUGGGGCAGGCCUGGCUGCAGGGAAAGAUUUGCCAGGGGAAGGCCCCCAGGGUGCAAUGGCCCUGGCGUGUGCCACCAGGGUGAGCAGAGGGUGGCCCUCCAGAGAGGAGUGGGAGGGGUCUGUGGUCGGGACCUCCCCUGGAUGGGGGUAGAGACCUGUACCCCGCACCUCCCCCUCCACCAGCCUGGCCUCGCUUCCGCAAAAGUGCCUCCAGGCUUGGAUGAGUGGAGCUUGGGGCUCCCUGCCUUCUUGGAAGGCUCCCCCGCCCCCCACCCCCCCACCUUCUCCCUUCAACCCACAACGGAGAGUGGAAGCCCAGCAGGCUUUGGCAGUGAGAAGACCUCACAGUAGGGGCUUCACCCCUAGAGCCCCCGCGGGCACUGACCGCCACCCUGUGCCCCUC